AUGACGAGUAGGAGCCUCAGCCGCACAGCAGCGCAGCAGCAGCUGCAGCAGCUGCAGCAGCAGCUGCUGCCGCUGCAGCAGCAGCAGCAGCUGCACGGCUAUUCGUACAAAGUGCUGCACUGCAGAGACCUGCCGCUGCAGCAGCAAACCCUCGUCUACGGGGAUCGGGAUCGGCAGCAGGCGCUGCUGCGGGACAUUUUGUUGAGUGAUGAUUUGGACAAAAGUUUGGAUGAAGAUGAAGACGAAGGGGCUUAUUUGCCGCAGCAGGAGCAGCAGCAGCAGCAGCAGCAGCAGCAGCAGCAGCAGCAGCACGAACAGCAGCCCAACGUCCGCGUCGUCCAGGGAGGACUCGCCGGAAUUUCAGGCAAGCCUUCCACUUACAGCUUCGCCCCCUAG